AGAUAAUGACGCAAGAUGUGAUGAUGGCUGCUGAUAGCGGCGUUACUAAUUGUGCUUGUAAAGGUAUCCGGCGGUGUCUCAAGUGUGAACAUGUAAAGGGAAAGGAACACUUGGAGGCGAAUGAACCAAAGAUUGUGCAUCAUUUCCUGUACGAUCCUGAGACGAGGCUUGCCAUCGGCAAAGAUGCAGAGGCUGUGCCCUUCCCCUUUCCUGGCAUCUUCCUGCGGGAGAACUUCAUAUCAGAAGAGGAGGAGAAAAAGCUGAUCAGCACGAUGGACCAGGAUGUGUGGAAUGACUCUCAGUCUGGUCGAAGGAAACAGGACUUUGGUCCAAAAGUUAACUUCAAGAAGAAGAAAGUGCGUCUAGCUGGCUUCAGUGGACUACCUGCUUUGAGCCAAAAACUAGUGCUCAGAAUGCAGCAAGACUCAAGUCUAGCCGACUUUCAACCGGUGGAGCAGUGCAAUCUGGAUUACCAUCCUCAGCGAGGCUCCGCCAUCGAUCCACACCUAGACGACUCCUGGCUGUGGGGGGAACGGCUUGUCACCAUCAACAUGUUAUCGAACACUACACUCACUAUGUCCCUGGAACGGGGUCUGCCAGAGUUGGGACUAGCAGAGGAAGUCCACGUAGCUGUGCGUCUUCCUCGCAGGUCGUUGGUUGUGUUAUACGGCGAGGCACGGCACAGAUGGAAACAUGCCAUUCAUAGGGACGAUGUUCAGGAGCGCAGAGUUUGCAGCACCUACAGAGAGCUGACUCCAGAGUUCCUACCUGGAGGGCAUCAGGAAGAGCUGGGAGCUCAGCUGUUGAACAUUUCUUUGAGCUUCCAAGGAACUCCAGUAUAAGCUCAUCUGAUGAUGCAGAACAGAGGUGGGGGUCCAGACUCCUCGGGUGACUUUAUAAAUUGAAAUUCAGACAUAAAUUUCUAUCAAAUAGAAUUGUAUAACUGUAAUUAUUACAGGAUGGUUUUUUUUUACCCAGAGUAUAAAAUGCAGCAAUAACUGCACCACAAAUGCAGUUAUUGCCUCCAAGUGAAUCAAACAAUAAAAGUCAUACAAAACAAUCAUCUUGAGCAAUUAUUCUUGAUACAGGUUGUAUUUCAUUAUUAAUUGUUGCUUGC